CCGGGCGCUUCGGCCAUGCCCGGCGGGGCCCACGCGGCUGUCCCGCGCUCGGCGCGCCCCUGGUAGACGACGCCCCGGGCCCGGCCAUGCCGCUGGAGACGCAGGACGCGCUGUAUGUGGCGCUGGAGCUGGUCAUCGCCUCCCUGUCGGUGGCGGGCAACGUGCUGGUGUGUGCGGCGGUGGGCACGUCGAGUGCCCUGCAAACGCCCACCAACUACUUUCUGGUGUCCCUGGCGGCGGCCGACGUGGCGGUGGGGCUGUUCGCCAUCCCCUUUGCCGUCACCAUCAGCCUGGGCUUCUGUACGGACUUCCACAGCUGCCUCUUCCUGGCCUGCUUCGUACUCGUGCUCACGCAGAGCUCCAUCUUCAGCCUCCUGGCCGUGGCUGUGGACAGGUACCUGGCCAUCUGCGUCCCGCUCAGGUAUAAAAGUUUGGUCACUGGGACCCGAGCAAGAGGAGUCAUUGCUGUCCUCUGGGUCCUUGCCUUUGGCAUUGGACUGACUCCAUUCUUGGGGUGGAAUAGCAAAGACAGUGCCAUCAACAACUGCACGGAGCCCUGGGAUGCAACCAUGAACGAAAGCUGUUGCCUCGUGAAGUGUCUCUUUGAAAAUGUGGUCCCCAUGAGCUACAUGGUAUAUUUCAAUUUCUUUGGGUGUGUUCUGCCCCCACUGCUAAUAAUGAUGGUGAUCUACAUCAAGAUCUUCAUGGUAGCCUGCAAGCAGCUUCAGCGCACAGAACUGAUGGACCACUCAAGGACCACACUCCAGCGGGAGAUCCAUGCAGCCAAGUCACUGGCUAUGAUCGUGGGGAUUUUUGCUCUGUGCUGGCUGCCAGUACAUGCUGUCAACUGUGUUACUCUUUUCCAGCCAACUCUGGCUAAGGAUAAGCCCAAAUGGGCAAUGAAUGUGGCCAUUCUCUUGUCACAUGCCAACUCAGCGGUCAAUCCCAUUGUCUAUGUCUAUAGGAACCGAGACUUCCGCUAUACUUUUCACAAAAUCAUAUCCAGGUAUAUUCUUUGCCAGAUAGAUAUCAAGAGUGGGAGUGAGCAGGCUGGGUCACGACCUGCUCUCCAUCUGGGUUUAUGACACAGGCUCUGGCCUCUUGGAGGACAAAGUACAAACUUGUAAUAAAGAACAGGACAGGAUAUAGCUGGAUGAUUUUCACUGUGAAAGCCACAAGCAUUUGAACUGCCUCUUGUACCCCGCUGCCUGGAGUUGUUAUCACAUAUCUAGCUGAUCUGCACAUGCUAGUAGUAGGUGCCAAGAGUUGACAAAUGUAUUUAUGGUUCUGUUUGGCUGCUCUUAAUGUGUGGAUGAUGCCAACGACUUGAAUGGAUUCUAAGACUAUUUUGAUUCUUAAGAGUCUGCUUCAUUCAUGACAUAAAAAUGACAAACUAUUUUACUGUGAAAUACUGUGAACUAUUACAAUGCAAAUAUUUUAACUUAAAGGUAAAAUGGAAAAAUCAAAGUUGACUAUACUAAUGUAUACUUGUUUCUAGAAUGGUAACCAAGAAAACUAAAAGUUAGUUCUUCAACCCAGAAACUGCUGUAUUUAGGGAAUGAUACUCUCCUAAAUGUUUAAGUAGAAUUAUCAUCAACAAAGAAACUGGAGAAAUGGGAUCCCGCCUCUAUUGGAUUACCUCUGCUAGAACUCAGAACUUGCUUCUUUCAAAGUUCAAGUUAAGCUGGGUGCAGGUGGCUCACGCCUGUAAUCCUAGCCACUCAGGGGGCUGAGAUCUGAGGA